ACAGGCAGCCACACACACUACAAUCUGUCCACAGGGAGCACAGAGCGUAGAGCUGCAGUUGUUGAGAUAUACAGUGAAAAGAGCACAAUGAUGAGGGUCAGCCUGCAAGCUCUGAUAUCAUGUCUGCUGUUGGGUGGUGCAUUAACAGUAGAACAAGAAACUCAAACAGGGACAUUGACGCCUGCUACCUCGACCACCGUCAGCUCCCAGGCUACAAGCUUAUCAUCUACUCAAACUACCAUGUCAAGUGAUGUCACCGAUAUAAAUGACACCAGUGCAACUCUGUCCACCAACGAUACAGCUUCCACCCAAAAGACAACCAGCAAAGAAAACACUCCAUAUUCAACAAUUUCAUCAGAAACACAAACCACGUCCUAUUCAUCUCCUUUCUCAUCCCCAUCCAUCACAACUGACACCCAGGCCUCUAGCAUCAGUACCACCACCAACACCGGCAGCAGCACCGGCACCAGCACAGGCACCAGCGCCAGCACCGGCACCAGCACCAGCGCCAGCACCAGCACAGGCGCCAGCACCAGCACCGGCACCAGCACCAGCACCAGCACCAGCACAGGCACAAGCACCAGCACCGGCACCAGCACCAGCACCAGCACCAGCACCAGCACAGGCGCCAGCACCAGCACCGGCACCAGCACCAGCACCAGCACAGGCACAAGCACCGGCACAGCACAAACCACCAGGCCCAUCACAACCCAAAACACCAUAAAAACAAGUACUACCAGUACCACCACCACCAGCACCACUACUACCAGUGCCAUCAAAACCACCACACUGGUACAGGAAGGACAUGAGUCCGAGGCUCUGAGCUCAGGAAGUAUUGCAGUCAUUAUUUUCAUGUUCAUAGUGAUUGUCAUCGUAGUGUUGGUUGUGCUUUUCUACUACAAGAUCCGACAUAAAUCCUACGGCCCUCUUCUGGACUUAAACGACCACGGCAAUAUGGGAAACUUCGGCAACCCAAUGUAUGACCCUUGAAUCCUUUUGAACCUCUAACUCCAGAAGUGACCCCCCAAACCCAGUCAGUGGAUGGAAACGUUCUGAUCAGAGUGGGUUUUUAGUGUUUGCGUAAUGAGUUCAGCGAGGUCACAUUUUAUAACUGUGACUUGCUGAUCGCUUGAUUGCCAAAAUGCAAAGCAAAUGUGAUGUUACUAUUGAUCUUUUUAAAAGUAGCCUAAUUUUUUGUUUUAUUUUACAGUAAAAACGUACAAAAAACUAAGGAAUUGUAAAAUGAGGCCUUAAGACUAGGAGUUGUAAUAGAUGAGGAAGAUCUGACUGUCGCAAAAGUAGAUGAAUGUUCCGAUACAAACCCGAUAUGUUGACAGGCUGUCUUAGCUUUUAUCGAGAAUGAAAAUAGGAAUAAGACAAUAAAAAUAGAUUUUUUAAAUCAAAAGGAAAAAAAGAAAUAAAAAUGAAGAAAAAAAAAUUCACGUCUAGUGCUAAUUCCUUAAUCUUGGAAAUAUUUUUGACCAUUUUUUAAGCAACAUGAAGGGGCAAUGUUAGCGUUAGCGGCUACGAUAAUCCAGAAAGAAGACUAUUUUGAGGAAAAUGAUUUGCAAAUUAAGUGUGUUAAGGAGUGUUUUUACAUAAAAAGAUUUCCGUCACAUGCAGGUAAAAUGAAUAAGAAUUGUUCUCAUACUACAAACUGAAUGGUGAAAAAGCAGAGAGAGACAAGCCUUUAAAAGGAUAAUUUCUGGUUUAAGCCCAGUGUUUUCAUUUUACUGAAGUGAACUAAAAUUGUGGAUCCUCUCCUGCUCCAUGUGCUGGUAUGCAUCUGAGCCUGAACGCUGAGCUCUCUGUGGAGGAACCAAAUAAGGCAGCAAUUGUUUUAGCAUCGAGAACAUGAGUUCUUAGAAACAUCUCAGAAAAUCUCAAUUUACAUAAAAUGUGGACUAAAUAAAAUGUUGGGCAGGGAAAAGUGUCUCCUUCAUACCGGAUCAACUUUAACUACUAUUUAAGAGUGAGUUCUUUUUAUUAUUAAAUGUUAUCAGUGUGAUGUUUUUUUCAUGUUUCUGUGGGUUUUUGCCUUGCCGAGCAGCUCAGCCAGGUUGCUUUUCUGAUUGUAAUUUUUUAUUCCUUCAGUAUUUCAUUUAGUAUUGAUUGUUUGCAUUCAGGUGAAGAAUGAUGUAACAACAUUUUAUUGUGUGAUAUGAUCAUAUUCAAUUGUUUGUGCAAUA